AUGAAAAGAAAGAGAUUAUCAGGAAAAGAUGCCGCAAUUCCAUGUUUAAGCCACAAAACUGAAGUAGAGAAACCUAAAGGAAAGUGGGGAAAAAUUGAGAAGGAUAUUCAGGAAAAUUUUCUCAUUUUUCGCGAUGUAGACAUGAAGUUUAAGCAUAAAAAAAUCGAAUUUAUACUUUUCUUAAAAGCACACUUGAGUAAAUCAAAUCAGCUCGAAUGCAACCCAAGACUUAACUUUAUCUUUUUAAAUUCCUUUUGUGGCUUUCGUUUUGAUGUUUUCUUUACUAAAUCCUUCUACAUAAUUGAAUCGAAUUUGAGGAAAGAAAAUCAGUCAAACUCAGAGUCGAAGGCCCUUUAA